GAAGCUGUUGAUCCUCUCAAAGACACUAGAUUUGGAGAAUUAUUCUCAAAUCCAGAUUUUGAAAUUGACAAAAAUUCUAUUGAAUACAAAUUAUUACAUCCUACUUUAACUUCUAAAUUUGCUCAAGAAAGUGGAAAUUCUAAAACUUCCGAAUCUUCUGAAACCGAUAGUGAUGAAG